UGUCAGUUGUAAAACUAACUGCUGAUAGCUUUGUAUGAAUCAAUGAGUAAGUCACCUUUUCGCAGAAAAUUCAAAUCACGGAAGGGUUCUGUGCUUGUUGAUUGAUACUCAGGAACAUUUUCGCUAUUUUGUGAAAAAAAAAACGAGCUGGAUGGGCCAGCAUUCAGUUUAUAUCCUGAAGUUCAGUAAGGACUAUUAAAUUGAGAAAUGCAAUAACAUUGGGCAUUGUUCUUGCAGCGGGAUCAUUGCAGGCUGUUCAAAAAGUGCAAAAUUGAUGAUUUUGGCAUGCUAUUUUUCAUGGAUGGUGUAAAACUUUCGUUUUGAUAACUUUCUUUAUUCUUGUAUGAGAAUCCCGAUCUUGCCAUUAAUUAAAAGCACAAAACAUGCACGCAAUUUAUAAAAUGGCCACCCUGAUUCUGCUCAUAAGGGAAGUGCAAUAUUGCGACUUGUUACAUGUAAGACUGUCCGUGCCCAAAAUUUUCGAAUCAAAGUGUACCCUGCUAGAGCGCAGAUUAAGGGAGACUAUUCAGCCAGCAUUUUCCCAAUGGAUAUACUUUUUGUCUCCCUUUAUGAGUCACUGCAAGACACGAAACUUCCCUCGAACAGGUAGGUCAAAGAAGCCAAAGAUCUAUAUUCCAAGCAACUGUGUUUAAUUCGCUUCUUUUAAUGUCUUUUAAUCUGAUUAUAACAUUUACAUAUUUUCUUCUGGGAAAGCAUAGAUCAAUAAUCAUACCUGGAACAAUGAUAUCAUGAAGGAUUUUCUAUCUUCUUCCCAGAUCAUACUGAUAUUAAAAGGAUUUGAAGUGUUUACAUACGUUGAUACAUGUAUAUUUUGUGUCCAAAAAUUGUAUCGAUAUUUUACCCGGCGUCAACAUCAUAAAUACUGAAUAGUAAAUGGAAAUUCCUUAAUUUUUGAAAACCGUUAUUUUUCGGAACAAUUUUUGUCACGACUUUUGUAAAUGCAGUAGUUAAUCCGUGUGUACAUGGACUUGUACAGCGCUACUCGCUUUGUUCGGCGGAUUAAAUCCGAUUUGAAAUUAAAUCCUACCCCAAUAUAUAUUUAUACAUAACCGCAUGACGUGUACACAUUUAUUGACUUUAUUGUGUUUAAAUGUCGAUAUUGUAUUAUGGAAGUGAAAUACAGUGUCAAUAUUUAUGCUAAAUACUGUGUGGAAGUAAUCUAUAAUUCCGAUUUGUGAAUGAUUCCACAGACAUGGGAACAACUGGGAAAUUUACAGGAAUGCAGCGUGUUUCUGUUCAAAAGUUUAUCAAAUUUGGAAUAGUUCUGAUAGCUUUAGUUCUUCUUGUACACAUCAUUGCGUUUUAUCAUGUUGGAUUUGACAAACAUGUCCAAACAAAGGGUGUUCAUUUUGUUGGAGAAGAAAGGUAUAUUAGGAAGCUGGGAAAAGGUUCAGCCGGAAGUUAUAAAAUAUUAUACUGGUUACCGUUCAAUAACGUUAACCAAAUGAACUACGAAACCAAAUGCAUGGAAACAUGUCCGGUAAAGUGUGAACUAACAGACAAUAAAGAAGAUAUAGACAAAGUAGAUAUGGUCAACUUCCACCUGACAGAUUUAUGGACAGAAAACUGGAAGAUUAAUACAAAAUCUAUCAUAAAAUUCCCUUCUUACAGGAGACCAGAUCAAGUAUGGACGCUGACCAACCUGGAACCGCCACCGAACUUGUUCGGGAAUCUGCGUGUAUUUAACGGCAUAUUUAAUUGGACGUUAUGGUACCGGAAAGACGCGACCGUGCAUCUACCAUACGGUUUGCAUAAGAGGUUAAAUGCUCAUAAGGCUGCUGAAGCAGCAAAAGCUUUGGAAAAUAGAAAUUUCUUUAAGGAAAAAACUGGUGAAGUAACAGGAGUAAUAAGUAAUUGUAAAGACAGCAAUCGUCGGUAUAGAUUUGUUAAAGAGUUAGGGGGGUAUUUAAAUGUUACCAUGUUUGGAUAUUGUUACAAUAAGAUAUGCGGGGACCCUCUGAAACACGCCUCGUGUGACAACGUCACUAGCAAGUAUAAAUUCUACUUAGCUUUGGAAAAUUCUAAGUGUAAAGAUUAUGUGACUGAGAAAUACUGGCAGUCACUAAAUAGAGAACAAAUUCCUAUCGUAAACUGGGAUUUAAAAAUGGUGAACGAAAAUAUUCCAGUACCUGGUUCUUUCAUAAGUAUCUCUGAUUUUAAAGAUGUCAAAAGUCUUGCAGACUAUUUAAAACACGUGAGCACAAACGAGACGCUUUAUAACAGUUAUUUUGAUUGGAGGAAACAAUAUAGCAUCUCAGGCAGAUGCCCAUCUUGUAUUGUUUGUCAAGGAUUGCAUGAAGGUCGACAUCCGCAGGUUAUAGAAGAUCUGGACGGAUGGGUUCGAAACGACGUUUGCGAUAAAGUUGAACUUUUGAACAGCCUUGGAACACAAUUAGACGAAUUCCUUUUCUGGAAGCUCGGUGUAUGAAUGAAACGAAUAAACAUCAGAUACCAGUAAUUUGUUUCUACUAGUAACAAGGCACUGUUUACCAUGAGAAAGACGAACAACUAUGACAGGGCGUAUAUUAGUGCUUAAAAAUGAUAUAUUCUGCGAAGAAACAUCCAGCUUAGUGAUAAACUGGUCGCCUCACGCAAUUACAUAAUAAACUUAUAGUAUUAUAAACUUGAACAUUUAAUUCGUUUAGAAACAGUUUCUGAUCGCAUGUAUUUAUCAGCUUGGAUUGGCAUAAUUGUGAAUUGAAAAUCAAAAGGCUUUUUUUUAUAAUUAUUAACAUCAUAAUAUGAUCUGAGCUGCAGCAUGAGAAAACCAACAUAGUGCAUUUUGCGACCAGCAUGGAGCCAUAUCAGCCUGCGCAUCCGCGCAGUCUGGUCAGGAUCCAUGCUGUUCGCUAUUAAACGGUUUCUAUAUGAAAGCAUGGAUUCUGAUCAGACUGCACGGAUGCGCAGGCUGGUCUGGAUCCAUGCUGGUCGCAAAUCCGUUGUGUUGGUUUUCUCAUAGUGUGGCUCAAUUUUGAAAUAAUUUUCAUUUAACAAUUUUAGUUCAUUACCUUCUCAAAUCAAUACACUAAAUAUUUGUUUAAAGAUAUGUUGCAGAACAUUUAGCAAACAGAAGAAACCAACACAUUUAAUGUUUAAAUAAUGUCUCUUUAUAACAAUUUAAUUAUAUAUGACGGUUUAUGGAAGGCUGCAACCGUCUUAAUUGUGUCAAUAGUACGGUGCUGCUAUAUGUUUGACAAAAUUUACGAUAUCGUAUUUUAGUAUUUUAUGACCCUAAACACUGGGUAUUUUCAGCGCAGUAACUACAAAGGAUCAAAAUAUCGAAGUAAAAUGUGAUUGUCGACAAAUCAUGGUUAAGAGCUGGUCGAAAGAGUUUACUAUAAUGAAACAACAGUGGUUUUAAGAACUAAUAAAUACAUAUUACAUAUUAUUUCUUUGAUUUGUUGCAUAUUGUCAUCGACUGGUCAUUUCUGCCACAAUUCUGUCAAUUAAUACCAGUUUAUGCGCACAUUAUUAAUGUAUGAUGAUGUAAAAUUAAAUUUUGCUUAUUUCUGAUA